GACUCAACGACUGACAGAUGCACUGAUUCUAUGGUUCAACAUUUUGUCCUCAAUAUUUGCUUGCUUUUGUGCUUGAAGCAAAGUGAUAAUAAUCAUAAACGAAAAACUACAUUUUUCUUUUAAAAUGAUAUUGAUUCCAUGAAUUUUUAGGCAAUAAAUACCUCUUAGAAAAAUGAAUGUUUAUACAAUGCCCGGUGUAUCCGACAUGGGCAUGGUUUGGAUGGGGGCCGGUCAGGCUACUGGAGAUGUUCCUCUGGGACUCAUGGGUGGUGAACAUCAAGAUAUAUUAAUGGAUCAAGAUAAUCCUUAUUUCACACCUUCCCAUCACAGUAUGUCCAAUCAGUCCUUAGAAGAUAUGAAUAUAUCCCACACAGCUCAUAUGGUCGACGGAAUGGAUAAUUUAGAUAUGAUUCAUUAUAUUGACAUAAAGAAUGAUAGCAAUGAUUCAAGUUAUGCAGAUGAUGAUGGUUCACAACCUGUUUACAUUACGACAUCAACUCAGACAAUGUCAAGUUUUACACGAAAAAUUAAGCCUGUUAAACAUCCUGGACUUGUACUGAAGACUCCUAUUGCUUAUCAGAGCGAUACUGAUCCCUCCGUUAUUCCUAUUCAAAAGGAUGGUAUAGCUGUUUGUGAAAAGUGUGGUGCCAUAGGUGUUAAACAUGCAUUUUAUACUCGGGAAAGGAGGUUUUGUAGUAUGGCAUGUGCGAGAGGAUACAAUGGCUUAAUCAGUGAACCAAUGCCGCAACAACCUCAACAAGUGACACCAAAUUCACCAAAUGAGAACCAGCAAUAUGCAAAGUACAAAUUUUCUAUGCAGCAUGAAGACUAUUUUUCAGACUGCUAUCUUGACCAACAGUUACCUCAAAUAUUGCAAGCCCCAGAUUCUCCUAUGGCAGAAGAAAAUACCACCAUAGUCAGGAGAAAACCUGCCAGGAUGGCAAAUUCUUACGACUGGGAUUCUCAAUUGAAUGAUCAGUAUUUCAAUGCUGCUCCAGUUACUAGUUUCAAACAUGCACCAAUGUUUGAUAUGUGGGAAAAUAUCAUGGUGGGUAUGAAAGUAGAAGUGGAGAAUACAGAUUGCGAUAAUGCCUCAGAUGCCUUUCCUGAUUCUUUCUGGGUGGCCACGGUCAUUCGGAUUGUGGGAUAUAAAGCGCUUUUGAGGUACGAGGGUUUCGGCUCUAAUGACUCCAAAGAUUUCUGGGUUUCCUUAUGCUCUAACCAGGUUCAUCCAGUGGGAUGGUGUGCCACAAGGGGCAAACCUUUAAUACCUCCGAAAACCAUUGAAAACAAAUAUAGCGAUUGGAAGGACUUUUUGAGGAAAAGAUUGACUGGUGCAAGAACGCUGCCAUCUAAUUAUACACAUAAAGUGACAGAAAGUAUGAAGUCUAGGUUUGUUUCUGGAACCAAUCUCGAAGUUGUAGAUAAAAAUCGUAUAUCUCAGGUCAAAGUAGCAAUAAUCCAUAAAAUAGUAGGUAGGAGAUUGAAUGUUAGAUAUUAUGACAUGGCUGCUGAUGAUCCCGGCUUCUGGGCCCAUGAGGAUUCAUCUUUGUUGCAUCCAGUAGGAUGGGCUAAGAAGGUCGGACACCACCUUGUGGCCCCCCUCAACUACGUAGAGCGUAUCAACCAGGGCGUAUUCGAGGAUAACGACGCAACGGACGACCUCUUCACCCCCUUCCAGGCGGGUUCGGUGGUCCAUCCCUCCACGGUCGGAUUCUGCAUCGGCAUGAAACUGGAAGCCAUAGAUCCCCUAAACCUAUCCUCCAUCUGCGUGGCCACCGUGAUGAACGUGCUCAGAUGCGGCUACAUCAUGAUCCGCAUAGACAGCUAUGAAUCCGAUGCCACCGGAGCGGACUGGUUCUGUUACCACAUCAAAUCGCCCUGUAUAUUCCCCGCCGGUUUCUGCGACGAGAAAGGCAUCCCUCUGACGCCCCCCAAAGGCUAUGAGGCUGGAACCUUCGCCUGGAGUCGUUAUCUGGCCGAGACGGGGAACGUCCCCGCCACUCAGAGUUUGUUCAACCACUACGUACCCCUCCACGGUUUCGUGACUGGGAUGAAGAUCGAGGCGGCCGAUCUGAUGGAUCCGAGGCUGGUUUGUAUAGCGACCUUGGCCAAGGUCGUGGGCAGGCUGCUCAAGGUGCAUUUCGACGGCUGGGAGGAGGAGUACGACCAGUGGUUGGACUGCGAGAGUCCGGACAUAUAUCCGGUGGGUUGGUGUCAGAGCGUGGGGCACAAGUUGGAGGGACCGCCGGUGCCUUUGAAACCUGCGCAGGUCGUGACAAAGUCGAAUAAAGGUAUCAAAAAGAAAAAUCGGAAGAAGAAAACCAAAGAUCAAUCGAGUUCACCAAAAAGUAUUGCCUCAUCAGUGAAGAGCGUAAGAACUGAGAGGAGUAAUGAUCUGUCGAUCUCAGGAUUAAGGGAGGAACCAGAAUUAUCUUCUGUUUUUGAUGAUAACUCCGAACUGGAUACAGCCAAUGAAUCUAUAGGGCCCGAUCAGAGCCUACCAGCACAAUCAGAAGCGUCUCCACCUCCAGAAAGAAAAGUCACAUCCUAUGUGAAAAACUCAACGACUACUACCAGUCCGACAACUAUUCCUAGACUAAUUGACAAUUCGGGUGGCAAUUGUGAUCCAAGUGGCUUAAAUCCCAGUGAAUGGAACGUUUUCGAGGUAGCUCAAUUUUUGAGGGUAAACGAUUGUGCCAAUUAUUGUGAUGCAUUUAGUAAACAGAAAAUUGAUGGCAAAAUGAUGCUCAACUUGACAGAGAAAGAAAUAAUCGAAAUAACCGGUGGAAAAGUAGGUCCCUCGUUGAAAAUAUAUGAUCUCAUUCAGCAACUGAAAAUCAAAGUGAACCCAUCACAGUCUCGCCAAAUGAAAGCAAAUAUCAAAAAGUUUUUAUAGUGCCUAAUCUAUUCAUAUUCUAUUUAUAAUUAUACAAUGUAUAUAUGAUGACGAUACGUUAGUUCAUCUUUGAAAUUGUAUGUACUUGAAUAUCGUCAGAAUCCUACAGAUUGAUAUAGCUGUCGAAAAGAAGUAAUACUGCACCAAUAUUUGGUAAUAAAGUAUUGAAAAUA